AUGGUGAAUAAGAAGAUUGAAGCGCAAUUACAGAAACUACAAGGUGACGAAUGGGACUCGGACAGCGAGAGCGAAACGACGGCCGCUGCGACUUCCACCUUUGAUGCCACUAAUGAUUUUGUAAAGCUCCCUACAGCCGCAGAGGCCAUGGCUAGCGUCACAGAGAUUGAUGGAAAGAAGCGCAAGAGUAAGAUGCAGCGUAAGAAGGAAGUUGCCGAGCUGUCCAAGCGGCAGAAGGAUGAGAAGGCCAAGAGUCAGCCGUCCAAUGUUAUUUAUCUCGGGCGUGUCCCUCACGGUUUCUACGAGAAGGAGAUGAUGGGAUUCUUUAAACAAUUUGGUGUCGUCCGUCGUGUGCGGCUUUCUCGCAAUAAGCGCACGGGAAACUCGAAACAUUACGCUUUCAUUCAGUUUGAUGAGCCCGAGGUGGCGCAGAUUGUGGCCAAUACAAUGAACAAGUACCGACUGUUUGACCACACGCUUUCGUGUCACGUUGUUCCGUCACAUGCUGUCCAUGAACGCAUGUUCGUGGGUGCUAACAAAGAGUUCAAGCCUCUGCCUCGACAGGCCAUUAAUCGCAACCGUCACAAUGCUGAAAAGAGUUACGAGCAGAUGGUGGUCAACAACAAGCGUCUUGUGACUAAGGAGCGACAGAAACGCAAGGUGCUCAAAGCGCUUGGUAUCGAUUAUGAGUUUCCUGGAUACGAGGCGCAAAUGCCUGCCAAGACGCAACAUAUAGCUUUUACGUAA